AUGGAGGCUAUGGUAGCGCGUAAUUUAUUUGUGGGAUAUAGUUUAGGGGAGUUGGAUCCUAUUUCGGUGUCGCACUUGCAGUUUGCUGAUGACACUCUGUUAAUGGGGGCAAAAAGUUGGGCUAAUGUUCGGGCUCUGCGAGCGUUACUGGUGUUGUUCGAGACUAUGUCAGGAUUAAAGGUCAAAUUUAACAAAAGUAUGCUUGUUGGGGUGAAUAUUCCUGAAUCCUGGUUAGGCGAAGCUGCGUCUGCUUUAUGUUGUAAAGUGUUGGGGACACAGGAAUCAGAUAGGUGGCGGUGGCAGCCAGAUCCUGACACAGGUUACACUGUUCCUUUGAAGGUAUCCAUCUUUGCGUGGCGGCUACUACGUGACAGGUUACCUACGAAGUCCAACCUGGUCACUCGAGGCAUCUUAUCUUCUCCAGCACAGUUAUGCGUAGCUGGGUGUGGGGAGGCAGAGUCGGCUCAUCAUUUAUUCAUCUCCUGUAGUUUCUUUGGUUCCCUUUGGGCUUUAGUGUGCACGUGGAUUGACAUUCCUUUGACGGACUCCAGUACUGUUCGGGAUCAUUUCGCUCAUUUCACAUCAUCAGGUGGUGGAUCUCGGACACGCCGGUCUUUUUUGCAGCUUAUUUGGCUUGUCAGCGUAUGGGUUAUAUGGACGGAAAGAAAUCACAGAUUGUUCAGAGGCUCAACUAGCACUUCCAUCCAGUUAUUGGACAAGAUCAAGUUAUUUUCUUAUAGGUGGUUGAAGUCGAAGAAUGUUACUUUGGCAUUAAACUACCAUAACUGGUGGUCUGGUCCUUUGUUAUGUUUGGGUCUUGUAUGA